UUUUGGACGAGAAACUAUGAUAGUGAAUUUACUUAUACUGGGCCUCGUAGGCCUGGCCUACGCUCGGCCGCAGCUGGACUGUCCAUCUGAUGGCAGACAGUACCUGUUGGCACAUGAAUCAGAUUGCGCCAAAUACUACGUGUGUCAGAAUGGAGAAAAACUUGCGACAUCACAGUGUCCUGUCGACACAUAUUUCUCUUUAGAAAAUCAGAUAUGCGAUCAACCCAGUAGGGUCUCAUGUGGGCAAAGGGCGCUGACAUCUUCAGUACAAAUAAAUUGUCCGACGUUUUUCUUCGGUGACUUUUUCAUUCCGCACGAAUCUGAUUGUUCGAUGUAUUACAAGUGCGAAUCGGGUAGGCCCGUGUUAAAGUCAUGUGAUAAUGGAGGACAUUUUAAUCCUUCCGCUUGGCGUUGCACCUUACCAGAGUUAGCAGGCUGUCUAAUCAAGAACGAAGCUGAUGAGAACGUAUCAGAUCAAAACAGUCAGAAUUUAAACCAAGAUCAGACAGACAAUAAUGAUAGAACCUUCCCAAAUGGUUGUCCCAGGGACUUUCGUAAUGAGAAAUAUUUCCCCCAUCCAAAAUGUGAUAUGUUCUACCAAUGUGUAUAUGGAAGCUACGUUUCGAUGCCAUGCGCUCCUGGCACUCAGUUCAGCUAUAGACUCCAGAAAUGCACGAUGCCACAUCAAUCUGAUUGUGGUAAUAGCGGAGAGAACGAUGGAGGUGAUAUAGAUGGCGAAGACAAAGGUAAUGAAGAAAGGGGUGGACACGGAGGUAAUGGAGGCAAUGGUGGUAAUGGUGGAAACGGAGGCAAUGGCGGAAACGGUGGUAAUGGCGGCGGUGGAGGUAAUGGCGGCGGCAGUGGUGGAAACGGAGGAAACGGUGGAAACGGAGGUGAUGGAGGCAACGGUGGAGAUGGAGGUGACGGCGGAAACGGAGGUGAUGGAGGCAAUGGUGGAGGCGGUGGUAACGGAGGCGAUGGAGGCAAUGGUGGAGAUGGUGGAAAUGGAGGCGAUGGAGGCAACGGUGGUAAUGAAGAUGGCGGAAUCGGAGGUGACGGCGGAAACGGAGGUGAUGGAGGCAAUGGUGGAGACGGUGGUAACGGAGGCGAUGGAGGCAAUGGUGGAGAUGGAGGCAAUGGUGGUAAUGAAGAUGGCGGAAUCGGAGGUGACGGCGGAAACGGAGGUGAUGGAGGCAAUGGUGGAGACGGUGGUAACGGAGGUGAUGGAGGCAAUGGUGGAGAUGGUGGAAAUGGAGGCGAUGGAGGCAAUGGUGGAGAUGGUGGAAAUGGAGGCGAUGGAGGCAAUGGUGGAGAUGGAGGCAAUGGUGGUAAUGAAGAUGGCGGAAUCGGAGGUGACGGCGGAAACGGAGGUGAUGGAGGCAAUGGUGGAGACGGUGGUAACGGAGGCGAUGGAGGCAAUGGUGGAGAUGGUGGAAAUGGAGGCGAUGGAGGCAAUGGUGGAGAUGGUGGAAAUGGAGGCAAUGAAGACGGCGGAAUCGGAGGUGACGGCGGAAACGGAGGUGACGGCGGAAACGGAGGUGACGGCGGAAACGGAGGUGACGGCGGAAAUGGAGGUGAUGGAGGCAAUGGUGGAGAUGGUGGAAAUGGAGGCGAUGGAGGCAAUGGUGGAGAUGGUGGAAAUGGAGGCGAUGGAGGCAAUGGUGGAAAUGGAGGCGAUGGAGGCAAUGGUGGUAAUGGUGGAGAUGGAGGCAAUGGUGGUAAUGAAGAUGGCGGAAUCGGAGGUGACGGCGGAAACGGAGGCGAUGGAGGCAAUGGUGGAGAUGGAGGCAAUGGUGGUAAUGAAGAUGGCGGAAUCGGAGGUGACGGCGGAAACGGAGGUGAUGGAGGCAAUGGUGGAGACGGUGGUAACGGAGGCGAUGGAGGCAAUGGUGGUAAUGAAGAUGGCGGAAUCGGAGGUGACGGUGGAAAUGGAGGUGACGGUGGUAACGGAGGCGAUGGAGGCAAUGGUGGAGAUGGUGGAAAUGGAGGCGAUGGAGGCAAUGGUGGAGAUGGUGGAAAUGGAGGCAAUGGUGGUAAUGAAGAUGGCGGAAUCGGAGGUGACGGCGGAAACGGAGGUGAUGGAGGCAAUGGUGGAGACGGUGGUAACGGAGGCGAUGGAGGCAAUGGUGGAGACGGUGGUAACGGAGGUGAUGGAGGCAAUGGUGGAGAUGGUGGAAAUGGAGGCGAUGGAGGCAAUGGUGGAGAUGGUGGAAAUGGAGGCGAUGGAGGCAAUGGUGGAGAUGGUGGAAAUGGAGGCAAUGGAGGCAAUGGUGGUAAUGAAGAUGGCGGAAUCGGAGGUGACGGCGGAAACGGAGGUGACGGCGGAAAUGGAGGUGACGGUGGUAACGGAGGCGAUGGAGGCAAUGGUGGAGAUGGUGGAAAUGGAGGUGACGGUGGUAACGGAGGCGAUGGAGGCAAUGGUGGAGAUGGUGGUAACGGAGGCGAUGGAGGCAAUGGUGGAGAUGGUGGAAAUGGAGGCGAUGGAGGCAAUGGUGGAGAUGGUGGAAAUGGAGGCGAUGGAGGCAAUGGUGGUAAUGAAGAUGGCGGAAUCGGAGGUGACGGUGGUAACGGAGGCGAUGGAGGCAAUGGUGGAGAUGGUGGAAAUGGAGGUGAUGGAGGCAAUGGUGGAGAUGGAGGUAACGGCGGUAAUGAUGGUGGCGACAAUGAAGCUAACAGAUGCAAAGAGAACUGCUAUGUACCUUUCUGGAAACACGAAACUGAUUGUGACAAAUUCUGGCGUUGCGUCGAUAAUGAAGUUGUUCUUGGAAUUUGUUCUGAAGGCCUUAGCUUUAAUGAGGAAAAGCAGACUUGUGACUUCGCUUGCAACGUUGUUUGCCAGCGGGCUGACAUUCAGUCCACUGCUGGCAUUGAUGGCCUUAGAGUGUUUCUACCAUGGAACAAAGUUGACUCCCUUCUUGAAAUCGCUAGAAGUAGUAACAAAAUGGACGACCAAUAUGAAAAUUAAUUAUAUCUUACAAAACAUUUCAAUUGUUAUAUUUCGUAUUAAAUCUUGAAUUAAAUUA